CACCUCCCCACAAUCCCUAGCCUACACUCCCUCCCUGCUCUCAUGCCUCACUCACUCCCUCCCUGCCCUCAUGCCUCACUCACUCCCUCCCUGCUCACUCACUCCCUCCCGCGCACUCCUGCCGUUUCCCCUCCCCUGCUCUCGCGCAUCUCACCCAUCCCUGCUCUCCCUCCUCUCCCCCUCCCAUGUCUCCCUCCUCUCCCCCUCCCCUGCUCUCAAUCCACUACCCCUCUCCUGCUCCCCUCACUCUCCCUGCACUCUGACGCCUGUCUCCCUCCCCUGCCCUCACUCCUCACGAUCCCGUUGCUCUCACUCCUCUCUUCCAUGUUCCUGCCCUCUCGCCUUUCUCCCUCUCUCACGCCCCGCUCUCUUCCCUGCUGCUUCGCCUCUCUUCCAUGUUCCUCUCUCGCUUCUCUUCCUCCCCUUCCCUCUCCCUUCUUCCGCCCCCUCUCUCCCCUCUCUCCCUGCUCUCUCGCCUCUCUUCCCACCAGCUCUCUCUGUCGCCUCUCAAUUUCCCUGCUAUUUCGCCACACUUACUCCCUGAUCUCUCGCCUCUAUUCCUCCCUCCUCACGCGCCUCCUAUCCACCCCCCUCUCUCGCCUCUAUUCAUCGCCCCUCUCUCAUCUCUGUCCCCGCGCCUAUCGAACGGCGAAGAACAUUCCGCAAGCGCGAAGCUUGCAGGAACCGGGAAUCGGGAAGGCAGCGGGAAGCGAGGAAGGGCCGCACAGCGGGCUCUGGGGAGCGAGUCGCUGUGGAAAGUAGCAACAUGGCGGCAUGGGAAGGUGGGUGAGUCGCUGCGGUUCGCACGGGCUGCGCGAAGCGGGAAACAGCGGGAAGCAGGUCCCGCUUUGCAGCCAACCAUCGCCAAGGGGGGCGGAAAGUGGGUAAUGGGCAGCGGCAGGAAGCUUGGAGGCGCAGCGGGCGCGGGAAACUGUUCGCAGGACGCGUGGGUGCACUCGCGAUGAGGGUAGCGGCGGGCAGUGGGGCGCUAGAGAUGCUGCGCGAAGCGAGAUGGUUGAGACGGCAGGAAGCUGGGUUCCCGGAGCUAGAAGGCUAGACCGACGGGUAUGAGUGAACUGGACUAGGCUAGCGCGUCUGAUUGCGAAAUGCUGGUGGGAAAAGCUACGCAUGGCUCCAUUUUGUGAACAAAAUGGUUUUCAAGCA